GUGUGUUAGAUUUCUACCAUAAAGGAUGAGUUGUUUGGGAGGUACUCGGGUUUUCUUGCUGUGUGUUCUUUGUUCAUGCAAUGCUUUGCUAGGAGAGCAUACCAACACCAUUUCUGGCCAAUUUUCAGAACAACUCGGAACCCACAGUAGUGAUGUGGGAUUCGGAUACUCUCCAGAAACUUCCUUUAAUGGAUUUUCAUUAGGUGUUGGAUCUCUUACUGAUUUUUCAUCUCCAGGGAUAAACCACAACUCGUAUGCUGUUGCCCAGCCUGGGUCCUUCUACGAUAGCUUCUUUCCUUACUCUCAAGGAAUUUCUACUCAAGUGGCCAGAAUGCCACUCGCUGAUACAAACAAUUUCGGUGGUGGAUCUUUUAGCACUAGUUUUGGUGGAACAGAAAUCCGUGAAUUGACUCAGACAGGCAGUUUUGGAAACAAUCCGAUUGCCCCUUCUGGUUUUUUAAACUCAUUCCAUGAAACUAGCCACAUGGCACCACCUUUGGGAUUUACCUUUAACAAUCGUUUCACUGGAAAUUCCCUUAGUUCCGGUAUCCUCGGAUCUUCUCUCGCACCUGAGAACCGUGUCAACAGUCACAAUUUCGGGCUUGGAGAAACCUUUUCAGACAGACAAUUUACUGACAAUUUUCCUGGUUCUACCGUGAACAAUAGAAUUGGGACAGGCAAUUUGAGAGCCGCAAUUGAUGAUAUAACAUCUGCUCUCUUGCACGGGUUUGGUUCAACAGUGAGCAGCAGUACCCCGGCCAUUAACAAUGGCGUAGACGUUCUGACGUCACCUCUUGUAUCACCAGACCCUGGGUUAUUCGGAGGAUCAACGUUAAUGACAGAGAGUCAAAACACAGGUUUUCCCGGUUAA